GCUAAAUCGCCUUUUAUUUCUCCCCUCUCCUCUCCCCUCCCUCCGCCCCUCUGACUGCAAUCACGCCCAAGCCCUGGACAACAGCAGCAGAUAUGGCGUCGCAAGUGCCUACCCAGGCGAAUAUCCAGUCCACGCAUCCUUUUACCUGCAACACAUGCCAGGUCGCCUUCCGGUCCAGCGAGUUGCAGCGGGCGCAUAUGCAAACCGACUGGCAUCGCUACAACCUCAAGCGUCGCGUUGCCUCCCUCCCUCCUCUGUCCUCUGAAAUCUUCACCGAGAAGGUCCUCGCCAACAAAGCCAGCGCUGCCGCCACUGCCGCCAAGGCUUCAUUUGAAAAGUCGUGCUCCGCAUGCCAGAAAACAUACUUUAGCGAGAAUGCCUACAACAAUCAUCUCAACAGCCAAAAGCACCGUAUGAAUGUGGCAAAAUCCGCAAAGGGUGCGCACUUGGAUGAUGCCGCGUCCGUGACCGGGUCCAUGGUCAGCUCUGCCUUUUCUCUCGGAGAGUCCAUGGCUGAGUCCGAGGCUACUAUCAAUGGCGAUGCCGAUACUGAAAUAUCUGAUCUCGCCCAUGUUGUAAAGAAGACUACCCUCAACGGCGAGGCUCCCGCGUCAGAAGAGUCUGCUGGAACCCAAGACGACAAGAGCUCAGUCGCCGCCUCCACCAAGCCUGCUGCUGAUCCUCUACUUGACUGCCUGUUCUGCAACUACAAGUCUCCCAAUUUCCAGCUCAACGUCGCGCACAUGAGCCGAUUCCACGGCAUGUUCAUACCCGAGAAGGAAUUCCUUGUCCAACCGGAGGAGCUGAUCAAGUACCUGCAUGAGAAGGUGCAUGUCUACCACGAGUGCUUGAAGUGCCACAAAGUACUCCACACUGCCUCUGGCAUCCAAACACACAUGCGUGACCGCGGUCACUGCAUGAUUGCCUUCGAAACUGAAUUAGAGCUUGUUGAGAUUGGCGAGUUCUACGACUUCCGAAGUUCGUACCCAGACGCCGCCGACUUCAACGAGAGGGAACAGGAGGCCGAGGAUUCAGACGACUCUUCGUCGACCACAGGAGGUGGAAUCAAGCUUGGAGCGAGACGCGAGACUAAGACAACCACCGAAGACGAUGCCGCCAUGUCCAGCAAUGCUGAAGAAGAUGAGGGCUGGGAAACCGACAGUACCGUUUCGAGCGUGCCCACCGAUGAAAUCACAGCUGUCCCCAUCGACCGCAGCCACCGCCACAAGUCCCUCAGCAAGUCCAAGCACCAUAGCCAUACUGACCCGCGUCCGCAUCGCGCAGCAGAUGGCUUCCACUCGCACGCCCACCACACGCCCCAAGCCGUCUACUACGACGAUUAUGAGCUGCACCUGCCCUCUGGCCGCACCGCCGGUCACCGAUCUCUCAACAAGUACUACCGCCAGAACCUCCGCAACUACCCAGGCGUAGCCGAGCGUAUGGAAGAAGCCCAGCGCCGUGCCAUCCCAGGCGCCCUCCCUGCACCCGAAGACCAAGACGGCGACACUAACAUGGACGCUGCCGAUCAGCAAGUCCAACUCCGUGGCCGUGGCCAUGACGUCAAGCGCCAGCUCAUCUCAUCCCGCAACAACGGGCUCCACGGCAUGACGGGUGUGACAGAUGCGAAGAAGAAGGAAGUCGAGGCUGUGGAGAAGAGGGAUCGCCAGAAGGAGCAGCGCGCAAGGAACAGGUACCAAGCUGGCAAUGAGCGGAGGAAUAACCACCAGAAGCAUUUCCGCGAUCCACUGCUGCAGUAGUUGGUGUCGGUUUCCUUUGGGGGGGUCUGCGUUUUCGGCUUUUUUUCCUUUUGUUAUGCGGGUUUCGUCACGAGUUAUGAGCAUGAUUGGCGUUUGUGAUGGACUCUUGUUUUCUUUUCUUUUCUGUUUUCCCAGUGCAGAUGUGGGGAGGAGAGAUGGUGAGAGAUGGUGAGGGUGAGAGAGCUGUAUAGACUAGCUACCUGGCCAGUUGGGCAGAAGGAACUAGGUGGAGUGUGUAGCUCAUAUUGCCAGUGCUGUUAGAGCAUUCUUGCUCCCCCCUUUGGGAGGUUUCGGUAUCAGCAUUUGAAUCUUGAGAAUUGUUUUU